GCGUCGUCUCCAUCGACCCGACCGCCUCCCAGGCUUCAGCUCCCUGCCCGGGAUAGAGAGCCAAAGGCAGCCUGCGUGCGGGAUGCGGAGACCGUUGCGCUAAACCUCACAGGCUUGAAGGCUCAAGCUGCACGAGGGCAGGCAGGAGCUGCUCUCUUCUCACUGACCGUUUGCCAUGACAUGAGAAUGAACAUCGUGCAACAGGCGACCUACAGCUACAGCUCCAUUCUCCACAGCAUCCCCGCCUUGAGCAGUGGCAGUGGCACAGCAAAGCUGGGCAAACCAAGAGGGGCAGGGACCAGCUGCAGGGAGGUGCAGGGAGGCAGCACGGAAGUUCACCCACCUUCAGCUUUCAUCCUGUUGCCAGAGCUGGCAGCUGUUAUCCUGGUUGCCAAUCUUCCUGUCCAGCUGUACAUCCUCCAGCCUGAAAACAUCUUCUUCAGCCUCUCAAGGACUCCUCCUGAAGGACAUGCUGAAUUAAUGCCCCAAGCAGGAGUGCAGCUGAAGGCUCACCGUGCCCUACAGAGAAGUGACAACACAGCCGCAGGUGGCAGGACCCCUCCCUUGGUCUUUGUGCCCUUCAGUGGUGGACGAAGGCUCCAGCGAGGUGUUUGCAGCCUACAGAGGCCAUGAGCACGGUGCCUCUGCCUGUUGGUUCACCAAGCGAAGGCAACAGAGUCAAAGUAGCGGAAGGCCUGUGCACGAUGGGGCUGUGAUACUGGCCUGGGUGAGCAGCUAGCACUAAUUUGAGCAGCCCAAAGGUCACGACUAUUUAUGCAGAUAAAAGGUCAGUGGCAAGCUGGCAGGUGGCUGUGGGCUAUCUUGGUACGCGCUGCGCCCCGGGCGCUGAUGUCUGCGUCUGGUUCACAGUUAGUUUGUCUUUCCACAUGGACUUUCAGGCCAGGUUCUGGCUGAAAUAAAACACAACGGGGAAAGAAA